AUGUCUAUCAAGUAUGCUCCCUCUGUCCUUUCCUUGAGAACAGACAAACCGCUAAUGCCGCCGCCUAGUUGGGUUAUGAUGGAUGCCAACAAUCAGUUUGUGUCCCUGCCACAGGAGGUCACGCUGUACUCUUCCAUGUCUCGCACCAAACUCAGCAUCCCAAGCCUGGGAAUCGAGUCCGAAAGAGGUGUGGCCUACUUGACCAACCAGAGACUUAUCUACAUACCCGCCGAAUCAACCCGGGCUUUCCAGUCGUUCUCGGCUCCGCUCCUCAACUUGUAUGAUGCUCGGCCCUCAAUCCCCAUUUUUGGGCCCAAUGCCUGGUUGGCUAAGCUCCGACCCGUUCCUGGAGGCAAUAUCCCCGAGGACAGUCGGUUGAUUCCGAUCACUCUGUCGUUCAAGGAGGGAGGAGCGGUGGCAUUCCACUACAAGUUUGAGCAAAUCUGCGAACGGUUGCGUCAAGUUCUCGCCAUUGCUCAGGAAAACAACAACCCUGAGGACCGACAGGAUAGCGACCUGUCUGGGGUCAACGUCGCAAACGUUCACCUGGACCAACUUCCUUCCUACCAAGACGCGGUGCAAGACAGAUUGGUAACAGCUGCUGCUGAUGCUCCUCAGCCCGUGCGCCUGAACCAUCAGAACGGCACUACUGACCGCCCGGAAGCCGACGUUACGGAUGAAAACACACCCAACCAACCACCAAGCUACCCCGGACCAAGCUCUCCUUCAAUCAACCCUUAUAUCCAGCGAGGACAGGGACCCGACUACGAUUACAUUUAG